CGGGGCCGGGGCCAGGGCUGGCCUGUGAGGUGGGCAGGCAAGCAACGGGCAAGACCAUCUCUGCAAGUGCAGCAUAGCCUCGGCCUAGGGCAGUGGGAGUGCGAGGCCAAAGCUGUGAGCAGAGGCCCAGGUGGUGGCAGACAGUAGAGGCGCCCCAUGGGGAACAUACUGACCUGUUGUGUGUGCCCCAGGACCAGCCACGAGUUUGACCAGCAACAGGGAUCAGUGUGUCCCUCUGAGUCCGAGAUCUAUGAGGCAGGAGCUGGGGACAGGACGGCAGGAGCUGGGGAUGGGAUGGCAGGAGCGCCAGUGGCUGCUGCUGUGCAGCCUGCUGUGGUGACUGUUGAAGUUGGUGAGGACCUCCACAUGCACCACAUCCAUGACUGGGAGAUGCCUGAAGCUUUGGAGUUUAACCCUUCUGCCAAUCCAGAGGCAAGCACAAUAUUCCAGAGGAACUCUCAAACAGAUGUGAUAGAAAUAAAAAGAAGCAAUUGUACAAACCAUGUAUCUACUGUGCGUUUCAGUCAACAAUACAGCUCAUGUUCGGCAAUAUUCCUUGAUGACAGCACAGCCAGCCAGCCUUAUCUUACAAUGACAAUAAUAUCUGUGACCUUGGAGAUACAUCAUGAUAUCACGCAAAGAGAUGCAGAUAGAUAUUUGAGCCAAUUUGAUGAACGGUUAUACUCAUUUACGGUUUCCACCAUGCAUAUUACCCAGACGAGAAAUGGAGGUGGGAGUUUAAGUAACUAUUCCUCCUCCAUUCCACUGACUCCCAGCACCAGCCAGGAGGACCUUCAGGUCAAUGUUCCUCCCACUGCCAACACACCCAUGCCCGUUCGCAAGCAGUCCAAGCGCUGGUCCAAGCUGUUUACAUCUGAGAAAGGGAGUGACCCAGACAAAGAGAAGAAAGCCCCGGAGAGUCAUGCUGACACCAUCGGGAGUGGCAGAGCCAUCCCCAUUAAACAGAGCAUGCUCUUAAAGCUAAGUGGAAAAUGGCUGAAGAAAUGGAAAAAGAAAUAUGUCACCCUCUGUGACAAUGGCGUGCUCACUUAUUAUUCAAGCUUAGGUGAUUAUAUGAAGAAUAUUCACAAAAAAGAGAUUGACCUUCGAACAUCUACCAUCAAAGUUCCAGGAAAGAGGCCACCCCUAGCCACAUUGGCCUGCGUGCCUAUCUCUAGCUCUAAAAGCAAUGGCCUAUUCAAGGACACGAACAGUCUACCUAUCUCAGCCAAUUCAGACACCGGGCUGAGUGACUCCAUAUGCUCCAGCCCCAGUAUCUCCAGCACCACCAGCCCCAAGCUCAACCCGCCCCACUCUCCUCAUGCCAACAAAAAGAAACACCGAAGGAAGAAAAACACCAACAGCUUGAAAGACGAUAGCCUGUCCAGCACUGCUGAAGAACAAGAAGAAAACUUUAUCAUUGUGUCCCUCACAGGCCAAAUGUGGCACUUUGAAGCCAUGACGUAUGAGGAACAGGAUGCCUGGGUCCAAGCCAUUGAGAGCCAGAUCCUGGCCAGCCUGCAGUCAUGCGAGAGCAGCAAAAGCAAGUUCCAGCUGAUGAGCCAAAGCAAGGCCAUGGCCCUGCAGUCCAUCUGAACCAUGUGUGGGAAAUGCGUGCACUGUGAGACCCGGAAUCCUAACUGGGCCAGUUUGAACUUGGGAGUCCUCAUGUGUAUUGAAUGCUCAGGGAUCCACCGUAAUCUUGGCACCCACCUUUCCCGAGUCCGAUCUCUGGACAUGGAUGACUGGCCAGUCGAGCUCAUGCAGGUUAUGUCAUCUAUUGGCAAUGAGCUAGCCAACAGCAUCUGGCAAGAGAGCAGCCAGGGGCGGACGAAACCCUCAGUAGACUCCACAAGGGAAGAGAAGGAAUGGUGGAUCCAUGCCAAAUAUGAGCAGAAGCUCUUCCUGGCUCCAUUACCCUGCACGGAGCUGUCCCUGGGCCAGCACCUGCUGCAGGCCACUGCUGAUGAGGACCUGCAGACAGCCAUCCUGCUACUGGCACAUGGCUCCUGGGAGGAAGUGAACGAGAGCUGUGGGGAGGGAGACAGCUGCACGGCGCUCCAUCUGGCCUGCUGCAAGGGGAAUGUGGUCCUGGUGCACAUCCUGAUCUGGUACGGGGUGGACAUCAUGGCUGGAGAUGCCCACGGGAACACAGCGCUGGCCUACGCCUGGCAGACCUCCAGCCAGGAGUGCAUCAACGUACUGCCGCAGUACGGCUGCCCUGACGAGCACAUGUAG